CGUUUGCAAAACGAAGACAUUACCAUCUCCCCUCGAGCUAGCAGGUUUUUCGGCCCAAUUUUCUUUAUAAGCAGAGGCGAAGAAGUGGAGGACGCCCAUACACAAGCCGAAAUCGCUCGUGCAUCAGCAAACUAGCCGUUUCUUCGUUUUGCCAUUUCCACAAUGAAAACUAUCAUUUUUCUGGUGGUUGUUGCGAGUUUCUACGGUUUGAGCAGCUGCAAGCCGCAGGAAAAGUACACGACCAAAUAUGACAAUAUUGACUUGGAUGCCAUCAUCAGGAACGAUCGACUGUUGAGGAAUUACAUUGAUUGUGUGUUGGGGAAGAAGAAGUGCACCAAAGAUGGAGAGGAAUUGAAAGUGCAUUUGCCUGACGCUCUACAGUCCGAUUGUUCGAAAUGCAGCGAAGCUCAAAGGAAUGGCAGCAGAAAGAUCAUCACUCAUCUACUGAAGAACAAACGUGGAUGGUUCAAUGAGUUGCAGGCCAAAUACGACCCAGCUGGCAACUACUUGAGCAAGUACUCAGAUGAACUCAGAAAAGAAGGAAUUGUCAUUUAAAAUGCCCAACUGAGGGUUUUAUUGAUAUACGAGGUUUUCAACUU